AUGCAGGAUGUCUCUCUCUCCUCAGACUUCUGGGAUGCUGUUGCGCGGGGGGCCGAGAGAGAGACGCCGCGACUUGCAGUCCUCACCCAGAAGCCAGCAGGUGCGAAGAAUGUUCUACUCCUUGCAACAGAUGGGAGCCGCGACGCGUCCGGAGCGCUCCAGCACGGUCGCGUCUUCGCUCGGCGUGAGGACCUCUCUGCGGACUUCAUGACAGGCGGAAGCGUCAAACCGGUCAUUCUGCUCGACAGAUUCUCGGUUCAAACCGUCGGAGGACGACGCUGUGUCUUCGCGCUUUCUUUGCGCGUUUCUUCCGACCGCCUCGAGCUUCCUGCGUCGACGAGGUUCGCGCCUCAUGGCGGGCUCGACGAGAGCGCUGACGACGCUGGAAAGGCCACAGCUUCCCGGGAACUCGGCGCUUGCUCCAGUGCGCCGCCGCAUGCGGAUGAGGCCGAAUCGCGCAGGAGCGACACUCCGGCGCAGGAAGCAGAGGCCCCACCGCCUACGCAAAACGCGAAGGCGCGACGAGGCCGAGAACAAGGCAAACGCGGUCGUUUCCACGUUCAAACUGGCGGCGCCGUCGCCCGCCAGAAGCGCGGCAUCCUCGUGAACAUCAAAGACCUCAAUUCCUACAGUCAAGAUUGGAUGAUCCGGGGCCGCGUUGCCGACAAGACGGACCUCCGCCUGUUUGCUAAUCCGAGAGGCGAGAGCCAAGUCUUCGCUGCAACGAUCAUCGAUCACCUUUUCGAAGUGGUGCUCGGCAGAUGCUAUGUGUCUCCCUUUGUCUGCAAGAAAGGAGAGAUUCGCGGCAGCUUCUUUGGCGGAGUCGCGGCUGCGUGGCAUCCACGUCUCGAGGUUGGCCGGGUCUACCAGUUCUCUCGGGGCACCAUCGACACGGCCAACAAGAAAUACAACUCGCUUUCUCAUGAGUACGAAAUCAAAUUCGACGAUCGAGCGGUGAUUGUCGAGGUGGACGACGACCCUUCCAUCCCUGCUCAGAUCUUCUCGCCUGUGAAACUGGCGACCUUGACAACGGACGAGUCUCUGCUUGGCUCCGUUGUCGAUGUGAUCGGAUUCGUCACUUCCUUCUGCGCGACGCACUCUGUUCUCGCACGAGAGGAGGUUCAGCGGAAGGAGAUGACUGUCGUCGACGACUCCAGCGCCGCCGUUACCGUCACGCUCUGGGAGCAGCACGCGACAGCUUUGAAGGACUCUGUGCUCGCCGAGAGGCCUCUCGUAGCCAUCAAAGCGCUGCGCGUUUCCGAAUAUGCGGGCAAAGUGAGUUUGACGUCCACUUCCCGUUCUGUCCUCCUCGUCGAUCCUCACGGUCUGGAAGAUGCUGACCGUCUGGAGGCGUGGUGGGAAGCAGAAGGCGAGAAAGCUCAUAGGGCCCGCGUGGAUCCGAGCCACAGCUCCGUCAUCACGGAUAUCUCAACGGUGAACAAACGGACGCAGGAACUGACGGCAGGCGCCCUGUAUUUCAAUUGCUUGGCGGUGAUUUACGACGUCCACGGCGACUCGCCCGUCUGGUUGUGGUCAUUGUCACUCACUCUGGCGGAUCUGACGGGGUCUUUGGACUGCGUGGCGCUCGACGAGUGCGGCCAGCAAGUUGUAGGAACUCUCCAGGUCACCCCAGACACGAUCCAGAUGCUUGAACGCGGCGGUACAGACACCUUUGGGCGUACGUUCGCGGACGUUAUGGACCUUCUUCGAUACAGAGAAGUCCGUGUCCGGCUGUGCGUAAGGAGUUACGAAUUUCGCGGAGAAGCGAGAACGACAUGCAAAAUCGUUGGAUGUGACUGGGCAGAAAAGGACGUCGAGGCGCAGACUAGCGCCUGCCUACGCAGCAUCCGCGACCAGCUGGAGUGA